UGUAUGGUUUCAUGUUUUAUAUGAAAUAUAUUAGAGAUAACAAAUGAUAUAUUUCAUUUUAUUUAUUAUUUAGUGAUUUGAUUGAUUGAUUAUUUAGUGGUGACAGUGAGGAUAAGGUCAACCCUGAGUAUGAUGUAUAAAGCUUUGGGGACUUUGCCCUGAAGACGACAAAAGUGGAACGACUAGUAGUGGUUUAUUGUCUGCAGAUCAAAUCCCAGACUUAAACUGAGACUUCCACAGUGUGCUGCUGGAAACAUGGAGAGAGUGAGGGAGUGGUUGAAUCAGGAAUAUUUCUCAUGGAAGAUUAUCCUAAGUGUGAUGGUCUUAGCGACUUUUAUCUUUAUAGGAUUGCAUGAUAGUGAAAAGCUCAGGACAGGAUUAUCUCACAUACCCAGGCAAUUAUAUGAACUUUCUGCAGAUUAUGGUUCUAAACUCUACAAUUAUCAGACGAGAAUUCGUUUGUCUAAAAGCAAAAUGGAACUUCUAAAGAAGGAAAGGCACUAUUUGGAAAACAAUUCCCAAGAAAUCCUAUCCCUGAUUAAACAGAUAAAUAUCCUGAAGGCUAUAAUUAAAGAUAUAAAAAACGAAUUGGACAACUCCAUUCUGAAUGCUAAUGCAGAUGCCUUUGGAGAACAGGAUGACUCAUAUAUUUCUGAUGAGGAAAUGACCUUGGUGAAUUAUAUCCUUAAAAAGUUAAGGGAGGAUCAAGUCCAGAUGGCUGACUAUGCCCUCAAAUCUGCAGGUGCCUCCAUUGUUGAAGCAGGAACUUCUGAGAGUUACAAAAAUAAUAAAGCAAAAUUAUAUUGGCAUGGGAUAGGAUUCUUAAGUUAUGAAAUGCCUCCUGAUGUUAUUCUUCAGCCUGAUGUCCAUCCUGGGAAAUGCUGGGCAUUUCCAGGUUCUAAGGGUCAUACUACAAUCAAACUUGUCAGAAAGAUUAUACCAACAGCAGUUACUAUGGAGCACAUCUCAGAGAAGAUUUCUCCCUCUGGAAAUACCCACAGUGCUCCCAAGGACUUUUCUGUUUAUGGACUCAAAGAUGAAUGUAAAGGAGAAGAAAUCUUCCUAGGUCAGUUUAUGUAUAACAAAAAAGGGACCACUGUUCAAACAUUUCAGCUCCAGAAUGGAGUUUUUGAAUCCUUUCCAUAUGUGAAACUGAAAAUUUUGAAUAAUUGGGGCCACCCUAAAUAUACAUGCUUAUAUCGAUUCAGAGUCCAUGGCAAACCAGGAAAUGAUACUUUAGGAGUCCCUUAAAAAGAAGAAGGGACUAACUAUGGUGAUGUAAAAUGGAAGCCAAAGCCCUCUAGAAUCAAAUAAAUGGGAUGAAAGCUUCAAAGAGAAGACUUCACAUUUGCAUAAAAUAAGAAAAGUUGGUUUUCUACAAUUAGUGAAUUUUGCUUAUUAAAAAUGUUUGGAAAUUAACUUCAA